AUGGCAUCUUUUUCAUGGACGGAGGAGGAUAUGCUACGGUGCUGCGGUAGCAAGCGUUUCGCCAAGGAGCUCGCCUCCACCUCUCCGUUUUCUGACCUCCACCACGCAAUCCAGUUCGCCCAUGGGAUCUGGUUCAAUAAGGUCGCACUUUUGACCUCUUCUUCUACCUCUUUCUCUUUUUCAGUAACACCUAAGGAAAUGGUGAAGGCUGUUGCUGUCUUGGGUAACAGUGAGGGUGUUAAGGGCACAAUUUACUUCGUCCAGGAAGGAGAUGGUCCAACCACCAUCACCGGAUCCAUCACUGGCCUCAAGCCUGGGCUUCAUGGCUUCCAUGUGCAUGCUCUUGGAGACACCACCAAUGGAUGCAUGUCAACUGGGCCUCAUUUUAAUCCUGCUGGAAAGUUACAUGGUGCUCCUGAAGAUGAAAACUGACAUGCUGGUGAUCUAGGCAAUGCCACUGCU